UGGUCGGUAUGAAUAGCUGUAACAGCGACAGCAGCAUCCAUCGUAUAGGGAAGGAGACGAGACAAACAAACGGCUGAUCAGCAGGCAGCGGAAAGGACAAACAGUCUUUUUAUGUCUCUUGAAGAGGUUUCGAUUUUUCGUUCAGACUGAGGAUCCUGUGGUUUUAUCUCUGAAAUGCAAAGGUUGGACUUUAUCCACUAACCGUUUUGGUUAGCUAACGGUGGCAGUAAGUUAGCCCCGCAGUGAUUUGCGCCUGUCUCUGUGUUGGCUGGCUGGCUGGCUGGCUCAAUGGGAAAGCUGGUGAAGUAUUAAAAGUUCGUCCAGCUUCGUUCAUUCUCCCCAUUUCAACUCGAUUUUACCCGGAGCUGAGGGAUGGCGACUCUGAACAUGGCGAGUGUCGGACACAGACGCAGUAAAACUUGCUUUUUAGAGUCACUGGACUGGCAUAUCACCCAGCUAGUUUACCCAAGAUAAACACUGACUGACGAAAGCCCGACCCUGUAAUGGCAGUUGGUGUGAGAGCAGCACAGCUGUGCGGUACUACUGCUGAACUCUUCGUCAGAAAACCCUUUUAGGCUGGAUUUAAUAACAAACCGGGUACAAUCCCAGCUGUCACCUGAGCCCCACUGCUGCUGGUCCCCACAGGUGAUUUGAGGGAGGCUGGGGUGGCACAACAUGUCAGGGGUCACGACCGUGCAGCUGUUCACCAAGUUUGUGAAGCACGCACUGGGCAAGACGCAGAUACAGCUGAACCGCUGGCUGCAGAGGACUGCCGCGGAGGAUUGUGAUAAGAUAGACAUCCUAAUAUGCAGCGCGUUUGAUGAGAGAGGGGUCGGGGCUGGGAAGACAGAUGGAGACCCCGAUAUUAUCAGCGACACGGGGGGGACAUCCUUCAGCAGCAGCAGCGGAGAGUUCAGACACCCGUGCUGCAUCACCACCUUCUGCUUCAAGAGCGCCCUGCUGGCCUGCAUCCUGACCGCCGUGUGCUUCUCUUCAGUCGCGCUGGUGCGGCAGUACCUCAAGGACCUCCUGCUCUGGGUGGAGAGCCUGGACAGUUUUGUUGGAGCCUUGCUCUUCAUAGUUGGUUUGAUCAUUGUUUCCUUUCCAUGUGGAUGGGGAUACAUUGUUCUGAAUGUGGCAGCAGGCUACCUUUAUGGAUUCGUACUGGGCAUGGGACUGGUUAUGGUGGGAGUUUUAAUAGGGACCUUUGUGGCACACCUAGUGUGUAAGCGGUUAUUGUCUGACUGGGUCCUGAAUAAAGUUGGGAACAGCGACCAGCUCAGUGCUGUUAUACGAGUAGUGGAAGGAGGGAGCGGACUCAAAAUUGUUGCCUUAGCAAGACUCACCCCCAUACCAUUUGGACUCCAAAAUGCAGUUUUUUCGAUCACAGAUGUGUCCUUGCCAAACUACCUGGUGGCCUCCUCCGUGGGUUUGUUGCCCACACAGCUCCUCAACUCUUACCUGGGCACCACCCUGCGCACCAUGGAGGACGUCAUCGCCGAGCAGAGCAUCAGUGGCUACUUUGUGUUCAGCCUGCAGAUCAUCAUCAGCAUUGGGCUGAUGUUCUACGUGGUCCACAGAGCUCAGGUUGAGCUGAACGCUGCCAUCGCUGCCUGCCAGAUGGAGCUCAAGUCAUCGCACAUGAACGGCUCCUCCACCAAUCACAGCGGCUUCUCGUACUGCAGCAAGAGGGCGACGGCCGGCAGCGGAAACUGCAUCAACGUGGUGUGACGACCAGUGACUCCGGUUAGCUCCGCGGACCAGAAGACUCGGCUCUUAAGACUGGACAGCCUAAGAAGGAGCCCACUGAGUUCUGGAGUCCAGAGCGUACUGGUGGCAAAGUUUACCAUUUAUCCUUCAUGACAUCACAUUCGGAGGGAAACCCUGAAAGUGUCUUGGUUCUGUGGUUUCUGUUGUCGACAUGACGCACCCUUCGAUAAAGAAUGGUGCUGUGAAAAAUCCUUUUUGUGGUUUGUCAUCUAAACACGUGUUAUCAGUUGGAUUUCUUUAGGUACCUCUUAAUAUCUGCUGUUACAGGAGAUGUCAAUGAAACAAUGACUUUCAGAAAUAUCAGAGGUGAGGUGAAAUAAACCUCACCAGCCGCCUGGUGUUGUUAUGAAUGUGCAAUCUGGAGCUUUCUAGACAACCAAGGAAUCGAUUUUCUGUUGCCAACCUAUGCACCUUUACUUCAUGCGGUUGUGUUUUAUUUCAGGUGACUUUAUCUACACCCAGUGCUCAUUUACAGUUUAAUAGCAAGGGCAUUAUAAACAAAUCAUUUCUCUUUAGUUGUUUGUUCUUUUUAAAGUGCCCUCGUUUUGAGAAGUCUCCAAGCUCGUUCUGCUGGUUUGUCAGUUUCGUUCGGAGCUACAGGAACGGCUUUCGCAGCAGGACACUCAGGAACGCCUCUUCCAGGAAGUUUAGGUGAGCUAUGAAGCCGGGGAAGUGAUUCCUGCGUUGGAAGCAGUGGAAAAUCCUAGGGUUUGAUUUUACAUCUUUGUUUACUUUUUGACUGUGCGAUUUGGGGAAACAAAAAGAAGGAAAAUUAGACAAACCUUUAAAGAAAUAAUGCAUUUCAGUGAUUAAAUUAACCAAGGAAUUUGGAGAAAAUAUUUCAAGUAUUUAUUUUUGUCAUUAUGGCUUACAGCUAAUGAAAACUUCAAAUUCAGUUUACUAGAAAUUUGCAGAAUUUACAUUUGAGGAAUCCAAAGGGCAUUUUCAACACAGAGAUGUUCUGUUUCACCAUGAUGUGGAAAAGACUCUCUGCAUAAAUUGAUCACUCCUAAAGAACCCAGAUCCUCACAAAGUGCUGUAACCAAGCAUAUUACUGGAAAGUUGAGUGGAAGGAAAAUGUUUGGUGGAAAAACAUGCAUUUUGGAUUAAAAGUACCAAUCCCUGGACUAAUAGCCAUGAAGUCACUGAGCUUGAUUGGCCAGCAAAAGUUUGAUUUACCUUCAUGCCACGCCACUUCAAUGAAGUAACUUGUCCAAACAGAGCCACAGUCUAGAAGUGACAUACCUUUUGGUAGGUUAAUAUUUCUAUUUAAAAAUAUAUAUGUACGUUCAAACUCAAGAAUGGGCCUUGCUUUAAAAUCCUCCUAAGGCUCUGUGUCUUCCUGUUGCUUGUGCACCUUUUUCUACCACGUUUUUUCCUUCCACUAAGCUUUCCUUUGCUUAUUCUUGGAUUCAGCACUCUUGGACAACUAUCAACUUGGCCUGCUUCUCUAUAGCUGCACGGGCCAUAACAUUUCUGCAUUAAAAAAAAAAAAAGAAGAAUUUUUUUGUAAGUCUUGCAUAAAAUUUUAGUUUAUGGAGUGACUGAACUUUGCAUUUUUAUUAGCCAUAAGCUCACAAAUACUUGAAAUAUACCCUCUGUGUGUUAUGAACCCACACCUGAGUUUAAUUUUGGUCUGAAUUACUUAGAUGAACUUUUCGAAGAUAUUUGAAUUUCUCGAGCCGAAUCUGUAAAUACUUUUUUUCUUUGACGUACACAAAUCCGUGCAAUAGAUCAUAAAAGAUUAACGAAAGAGUAUGAAUGUUGCAUUCAGUGCUGAAACCAAACUAAUCACAAAGUAACCCAAACCAGAGUUCGCUUCGUUUCUUUUAUAGAAUGAAAGUAAAGCAAAAAUAGAGCCUUUUAUAUUUUUGUGUGCCGUAGAUGAACAACUUUAUUUACCUGCUUUCGCGCCGAUGAACAAGGUUGAUUUUCAUUGCCGUAGAUUUCUUCGCGUAGUCCGCUGGAACCGACCGAUGAUAUUUUCAUAAAGGUGUGUUUAACUUUGGACGGAUUUGGUUGGUUAAAAGUCUCAGAAGCUGACAAUCACACACAACGUGGACUCUACAUGAUGAAUGUGAUUCUGUGGUUUGUUUUUACAUUUCUUACGAUGCUGCUCCUCAGACAAAGUCUGAUUGAGGAAUAAUAAGGGCUUCUGUCUAAAACAUCCAUCUCGUUUUUCAGGAAACCUGUUUUCUAAACUUGGCUGAUCUUGUUUGUUUUUCUUUUCUCCCCCGUUUUUUGUUUCAUGUUUUUGUUUUUGUUUCUCUACAAACGUUUCAGCUGAAAUCCAGAAUUGAUGUUUGUCCAAAAACACAUUGCAUCUUCUGAUAAACUCUUUGUUUCUCCCUUUUUGUGAAAUGUUUCUUUAAAUGCCCCUUCCCGUUGGAAUUUAGCAAUAAUAUUUGACACUAAAAAGCAAAAACGACAAAAAAAACAACAACAACAACAACAAAGGGAAUAAAAACACAAACCUGUAAUAUGUUGAGCCAAGUGAACCUGGAACUGUUCAGUCUCGCUGUUGAAGAUGUUUCAAACGUCGCGUCUGAGUUGUCGAUCCGUGUUUGACUCGUUUGUGUUCAACCUGCCUUUUUUACCUCCUGCUGCCUCUGAUGUUCCGUUGAGAACCUGAACAAAAGUGUGAGCGUUUGUUGCUUUCGGGAAAGCCCCGAAAGCUAUUCGAUCACCUACAAAUGACUUAGCUUCUCCCUGCUGUUGCAUGAACAUCUUCAACCUCUCAGUCUGGUACGUUCAGGACACCGAGGAGGAUAUUUUUCCACGCCAGUUUGUUAGAAAAGCAUGCCGAGAACGUGUUGUGUUCCCCGAAACGAUAACGCAGUUCAAGAAAUGAGGGUGAACGAUUACCAUACAUAGUCUCUCUCAGCUGGGACUUUAAAAGAUUGUGUUGUGGAGGUUGUUUUUUUUGUUUUUUUUAUUAAAAGCUUUUGUUCUUCCUAGCUGGGCUCUACUUAACUUAGAUCUAGUUAUGCAACAACUGAUUCCUGAGGGAAGUAUGUUUCAUAGAGAACCACAGAGGACCUGACUCUGCAGAGCAGCUGGGGGACUGAAAGGAUGAGAGGAGGGUCCGGUCCGGUGCUAUGGAAUGCAAUACUUCCCCAUCUGUAUCAAGUGCAUUACACAUAUGCUGUAUUUUUUAAUACAGAGAGUUUCACAGUGUAUAAAUAGUAUUUAUCACUGUGCAAAGCUUGUUCAGUGUUAUUUAUGAAAGAGAAAAUAAAACUUGACACACUUUGUUACAUGU